UCAUUGAUCUAUGACAGAUUGAGCAGCAGUUAGUUGCACAGGACUUUUCUGUUCUCUUGCACUCUCUGCUGAGAGAAGAAAUUGAUCAAGAAAUUACCUAAGAAAAAAUUACACAUACAGAAGACUAUCAUUUCCUUGGGGAGUUUGGUUGCAGAAGCAGGAGAAAAACUACAGAAAGCCCCAUUUGCAUCACCAUGAUGCAAUUUACCUCUGAAAGCCACCGUCUGAGACUGAACGACGGGAACACUAUCCCGGUAAUUGGACUUGGUACUAGCACAGGUAUGGAAAAGACUCCCAAAGGCACAUGUGCUGAAGCAGUGAAAACUGCCAUUGAUGUCGGUUAUCGCCAUAUUGAUGGGGCUUUUGUGUAUUACAAUGAGCACGAAGUUGGACAGGCCAUACGGGAGAAAAUUGCACAGGGGAAGAUCAAGCGUGAAGACAUAUUUUAUUGUGGCAAAUUGUGGAAUACAUGCCACCCACCAGAAUUAGUGCGUCCAACUCUGGAGAGGACCUUAAAAAUUUUGCAGCUUGACUACAUUGAUCUCUAUCUUGUUGAACUGCCGAUGGCUUUUCAGCCUGGAGAAAACCCCUAUCCUAAAGAUGAAAAUGGAAAAUGGCUUUAUCAUAAAACAGAUCUAUGUGCCACGUGGGGGGCUUUGGAAGCAUGCAAAGAUGCAGGCUUGGUAAAAUCUCUUGGGGUAUCCAACUUCAACCGUAGGCAGCUGGAAAUGAUUCUGAACAAGCCAGGUUUGAAGUACAAGCCUGUCAGCAACCAGAUUGAAUGUCAUCCAUACUUCACUCAACCUAAACUUUUAGAAUUCUGCAAAUUGCAUGAUAUUGUUCCUGUUGGGUACAGUCCACUAGGCACGUCAAGAGAUGACAGCUGGGUGAAUGUAUCUUCCCCUCCACUCUUGGAGGAUCCCCUGCUAAAUGCCAUUGGAAAAAAAUACAAGAAGACAGCUGCUCAGGUGGCCCUGCGCUUCAACAUUCAGCGUGGCGUGGUGGUCAUUCCAAAAAGCUUUAAUUCAAACCGUAUUAGAGAAAAUUUCCAGAUCUUUGACUUUUUUCUCACUGACAAGGAAAUGAAAGAUAUAGAAGCUCUGAAUAAAAAUGUCCGCUAUGUGGAGCUUUUAAUGUGGAAAGACCAUCCUGAGUAUCCUUUCCUUGAUGAGUACUGAAAAUUUGGGGCAUCCAAGAACAAACACUCACUUGUAGUGAUCUCAGCUAAUAUCUUAUCUAGUAGCAGUUUGUAUCUGGUGGUAGUUCUUAAGUCACAUAACCCAGUCCAAUCCUUAGUGCUACAACUUAUGUAGUGGAUAUACAAAAUAAAGCACAUUCAGAAAAAUGUUUUAAAACGUAGUGUGCAAAUACAGCCAAAGGUAAACUUUAGUAGAGGAAUACAAGAUUGCCUUUUUUUACAUAGAUAUGAAAUAUAUAUCUUUCUCCAGCUGUCUCAAAAUUUGUCAUGAUUAACACACAUGAAAGAACAGUUGUGGUUAAGCCUGCAGUGAACCAGAACUACAGGAUGCAAAGGCAGGAAACAUUGAUUGAGGGUAGCAAUUAUUCCAAAUAAACCUGGAAAUAAUUUUUGAAAA